AAACUGCACUCGUUGUCAUAGAUGCUAAUAUAAUUGAAAGUUACAUGUAAUAUGGGACAAUCCAACCAGUGGUAAUGAUUAAGGGAGAAUUCUUUUGUUCCUAAAAACAUUUCAGUUUAUUUUUGGACAUACAACUCCAAGCAGUUACUUUCAGAGUCCUUAUGUGCUAUAUGUUGGCACUUGGCAGGAUAGAAUCGAGAAACAUAACAUGCAUGUUUGCUACGCAAUAUUCAACAAAGUAACGAACAACAUUUUAGCUUAUUUUUCUUCCAAUCCUCCCUAAAAAACACGCCAAAAGAGACUUUAUGUUGAAUACUUGAUGUUUAUUUAUACCUGAACAAAGUAGCCUUUCAGUCAUUCAAUCACACUCAAUUGCUGAAGCCAUAGCUCUGAAUCAAAUGGAUCCUAAUUGUAAGCCAACACUUACACAAGCACAUCCCGAGACAAUGGAUUUUCUUUCUCAAGCUUGGUGCAACUUCGCCAUUCAGGCUCUCCAAUCAGAUGUACAAGAUAGAUCAAUCAUUCUUCAAGAGAGAUCCCUCAUGAAAUUUGAAAAUGAUGCUAAAACUCCUUCCAUGAAAAUGGAAGGGAGUGUAAAGAUGGAUGGUGCAGACAAGUUUGUGCCACCUUGGAAAUCCCAUGAUGUAAAGUCAUGGAUUUGGAUGCAACAAGCAAUGCACCCAGAAUUAAACUAUAAUAGCUAUUUCAGAAGGAAAUGGAUGUCAUGGAAAAUAAUGCCAUUCAAACACUCAUCAAUCAAAAAAUGGCUUAAAGAAAUUAAGCAGAAGAGAAAGGAAGAACACAGGUUACAAAAAGCAGAAAUACACGCAGCAGUAUCAGUGGCGGGUGUUGCAGCUGCCUUAGCGGCACUAGCUGCUGAAAACUCAAAACUGGAGAACACAAUAACUGCCAAAGAUUCGGCCAUGGCUUCUGCAGCUGCCUUAGUGGCAGCACAGUGUGCAAAAGUGGCUGAAGCAAUGGGGGCAAAGAGGGAGCAACUCAGCAGUGUAAUAGGUUCAGCCAUGAACGGCACGAGUGCAAGUGAAAUUUUAACACUCACCGCAGCAGCUGCAACAUCACUAAAAGGAGCUUCUACACUCAAAGCACGAUCAGGAUACAAAAACAAAUUAAAUGAAAGUGCUCCGGUGCUGCCACUCGAGGAUAACAAGGAAUCUGAUUUUGAUUUUGAGAAGUGUAAAUGUAUUCUAUCAAAGGGCACAGAACUUAACAUCGAGACCACAGAUGGAAGGUACUUGUUCAGGUCGGUAGCAGCCACACUCAAUAGUGAAGCUAAGGUUAUUCUCAAAAUAAGGAAUCCAAAUGUGCUGAAUGCUUUCACAAGACCAAAGGAAAGUAUUGUUCUUGACCUACAUACCGAGUUAUAUAAAGAUUCAGAAGGAGGUGAAACUGAGACUUGCUAUCUUCUCGUACUAACUACAAACAAAGGGAUGAUCAAGCUAGACAUGGUUGACGACUAUCAACGUUACAAGACAUGGUCCACAACUAUCAAUCAUAUGCUAAUGCUCUCAACUUCAUUUACGGGAUAUGAACUUCAGUUCUACAAAAACUGAAUUUUAUACAAAAACUGAAUUUUAUGCAGUCAUCAUUUGUCCCUUAAAUUCUUGGUAUGUAAGUGUGGCUGAUAAUAUUCAAAACUGAAACGUCCAUAUUUGUUGAUAUGUUCAAUAUGAAUAUCCGUAUCAUCACAGAAUUCAAUCUUCGACAAGCUAUUGAACAUUUUCAUCUUCAUGAAAGAACAUUAACAAGUGUUUGUUUCAUCCAUCCAAAACUAUAUCAUCGUGCUGAA